UCACUAGAUGGCGCGCGUAUAAAAUAUUGCUCCAUCUACCUUGUGAUUUUGUUUUGUUUUUUUUUCUAAAUAAUUUCAUUUCAUUUCAUUUCAUUAUUAUUUGUUGUUGACCAUUAAUUUUAUUCAUCUACAUUAUCCGAUUUUGACAAAAUAAAAAAAUUGCAUCUAUUUUAAUCAUUGAAAGUUUGCAAAAAUCAUCGAUUCUGUCCAGCACAGCAGCAAAAUCUACGAAGUCAGCGGGAUCGAUCCAUUUGUAUCGUUUCAGUUUUUUUGUCGUGCUUGAUUGGUUAUGUGAGCGCUGAUAAAACACACUACAGAAUAAUGCCACGUUCAACUUAUUCGACUAGUCUAAAAGCCAUGAAGGCUAGAAUAAUGAGAAUAUAUGGAGCACAAGAAAAAAAAGAAAAGCGUUUAGCAGCCACCGGAGAAAAUGCUCGUAAAAAACAAAAAGAAAAAAUAAUACCGAAAAGUUUAGAACAAACUCAUUCUGUUGAGAAGAAAUCCCAAUCUGAUAUCGUAAUCAACGAUAACAAUAACGAUAAUGAAAACAAUCAAUGUCCAUCUGAUUCGAUGCAUCCAGAAGCUGUUGUUACUAAAAAUAAGCAAAGAAAUUAUACACCGGCACAAAGGGAACGGAAUUUAGCAUACGCCAGAGAAUACGCUCGUAAAAAACGAGAAGAAAAAAAAAGGCAACGAUUAGAACAUAAUCAACGAUUUGGCCUCGAUAAGAAAUCCAGGAAAAUACAAAGUAAAUCUGUUGCUGUGGUCAACGAUAACGAAUUUCCAAUAAAUAUUGGUAAAUUACUUGAAAUGACUAUUACAAAAGCAAAAACGAAACAAAAUGAAAAUAGCCAAUUACUUUUAUCCAAAGUUGAUUCAAUUGAAAAACGAUUAAUGGAUCGUAUAGUUGGUAUUGAGAAACAAUUGGCUACUAUAUACAAGACACAUUGAUUCAUUGAAUGAAAGCCUUAUUGAACAUCAACAACAACUCAAAUCAUCAACAUCGAAAAAUAGAAGCUGAUGGAAAUUGUCAGUUGUAUUAUGUAAUACAAAAUAAAUUUUUUUACAAUUUUUCAAUUUUUGGUUUGUAUCAAACCAGCUGUAUUAUUAAACACAUCACAGGGCGCAUGCUCCAUAAGAUUUUUUUGGUUGUAGCAAACCUCAAAACGAUAGCUGUAUUUUUUUCUGGUAUCACAUUGAUUGUGGUGUGUAUGUCAAAGAUUUUGGUUGCUCAUCUUUGGUUGUUUUGCCUAUAGGGAUAUUUCGCAGUUCUCACUCAAAACUGGGUUUUUAAUGGUGUCUGUACUUCAUUCGAAGACAUCUGGUUCUCAUUCAUUCAUUCAUCUUUUUGUCUAGCCGUCUGAUUUUCAAAAUAUCGUUAUUGUGUGUCACACACAAACCACACACACACACACACACAUUUCUCAACAAUGUCAUACGUCCGGUCAUUGAUUAUUGUUCUACUGUUAUUUUGAAUGUCAAGCUUCUACUACUUCAUUGUCAUUGUUCAUUGUUUAGCCAUUUAAAUUACUUCAACCAACCAAAAAAAAAACUUUACCGAAUUAAUCCAAAAAUAUGGAACUCAAGGUUUGGUGUGAUGGAAUACAGCGUAUUGUUUGUGGUGCAACCGAAUCAACAACAUGUCAAGAUGUUGUAUUUGCAUUAGCACAUGCAACUGGACAAACUGGACGUUUUAUAUUGAUUGAAAAAUGGAAAAAUAAUGAACGUGUAUUAGCACCAAGUGAUCAUCCAAUUUUAUCAUUAUCAAAAUGGGGUGAAUAUUCAAAUGAUGUUAUUUUUGUAUUGAAAAAAUCGGGUGAUUUAUCCGCCAAUACCUCAACUUCAACCACUAAUAACCAAAAUAGACAAGCAACACCAAAAUUAUCAAAAAAAUCUGAAUCUGAUUUAUUACAAAAACGUAAACGAUCAUUAAAUAUGGAAAAUAUCGAUAAUCAUCAUCAACAAAUGACAAAAUCAAUGUCAACAUUGAAUAAUCAAAUGAGGAAUCAAUCACCACAACAAUUAUUUCAGAAUGUAAUCAAUAACAACAACAAGAAUCAAGAAUCAUCGAUAUCUAGUCAUCAAAAUAUUGAAUAUUUAUCACUGACAAGAGAUGUACGGAAUACUAUUCAUCAUCAUCAACGUCGUCCAUCAUAUCAUCAUAAUCAAAUGGUGGUGGAAUCAUUAUACGGAACUUUAGGUAGAACAAAAAAUCGUCCAAAGCAACCACCACCAUAUCAAGAAGCGAUUGCUAAAAGUUCAUUAAUGAAUGGUAUCAUGUUCCAGCAACAACAGAAUGGUCAUCAUUCUGAUGCAAACACUUGCACUACUAAUGAAUCGUUGAAUUCUAGUCAUCAAAUGAAACAACAACAACAACAAUCUGUACCAAUUAGUUUGGUUAGUAUCCAUAAUCGGAAAAUUCAUCAGAAUCCAAGUGAACAGAAUCGAUUUGAUGAAAAUAUGGAUCAACAACAAUUAGAUGAAGUGGACUUGAUGAAACAAAAAUGGAUGGAACAAGAAUUAAUCAUCCAGAGAUUAGAAUCUGAACAACAAUUGGAACAGGAACUAGAACAGCUAAUAAGAGAUGGCCAUAAUUAUCAAGCUGAAAUGCGUGAAAUUAAAAUGAAACUGGCUGAUUGUGAAAAUGAAGUUGGCCGUCGUCGUGAUGAAAUCUAUAAACUCAUGUCAAAAAUUGAUAAUAAAUUUAACGCCAGACAAAAUUCUGAUGAAUUCGAUUCGACAACCGAAAAUCAACAACAUUCAACGAUGAUUGAACGAUUAAAGAUUUGCAUACAGGAAAAAGAGGAUAAGAUACAUAAUCAGGAAACAGAUUUACAAGUUAUGAACGAUUCAUUGGAACAUUUUGAUCAAACAUUACGAACCAAAAAUCAAAUUGUUAAUGAAUUAAUUGAACGUAUUAAAGAGGCAAAUGUUGAAGGUCUUGAGUUGCAACAAAAUGUUACUACAACCACCGCCGCCAAUUUACCACCAUCAGCCACCGUUAGCCAAAUUGAUGAUGAUACGAUUGCCGAUGAACAACAACAACAACAACAACGACGAAUCUUGAUGGCCGGAUUUAUCAACGAUAAACGUCAUGAUAAUAAUCAAACGAUAAAACUAUCAUCAUCAUCGAUGACAACAAAUCGAAAAAUUCCUGUAUCAUUACAUGAAUUGGGUAAUACGGUGCCGACAAAACGUAAUCCAGACGGUAUUUGGGUGUAAAACAAAAUAUAUACCUCCUCAAUUUUUUUUGUUUUGAGAAAUUUUUUUUUCAAACUCACCACAUAAUAGU